GCAGUGGGUGGAAAUGAUUUCGUACCAGUGGCCAGAUGCUACGUUUAACAAUUCCAUUCGUCAGAUUCCAGUUUCAGUUGAAUUCUCAAUGACACGGUGGUGUGAAGAUCAGGAGGUUCUCACGCUCACUCUUGUUACCAAUGACGGACAUUGUUACGGCUGCAGACAGCCUGUCGAGGUCUCCAUCACUGACAGAUAGCUGUGACUGUUGAUUUGACAAAACGGGAUAUGUGGUGCCAGAAGGAGAAUCUAAGAAUGUUGUAUUGAGAGUGAAUGGAGGUACUCUGGAGAGAGAUGUCGAUGUUCAAUUGACUGUGGGUGGAUGGGGCAACUGAAGGGGCUGACUAUACUGGUAGUGUGGUGUUGACUGCUGGUACUACAAGCAGUACUGCUGACGUCACAGCCGCUAAUGACAUCUGGUUGAGGGGGAAGAAAUGUGCAGUUGACCACUUGAGUCGUCAGACACCGCUGUGACGGUUGGACCCAACUCAAGUGUGCUAUCACAGACACCACUAUUACUCUCAGCUUCUCUGAGCUCAUGUACAGUGUGGUGGAAGGAAAUAAACUCACCUUUGAGGUCGUAUUUGAGCCUCCACUGACUCUAGUCAGAGAGGUGGAGGUGACUGUCACACUAAUAAAUGGAACUGCCAUUGCCCCUGGUGACUAUAAUAUGCUGGGACCAAUGGUCCUGACACUGACUGACAGUGGUGGUACUGCCAUGGUUAAUAUUGUGAAUGAUACAUUGCCUGAGGUUGACGAAAUGUUUGAAAUUAUGCUGAGUUCAAAUGAUCCCUCCGUGUUAAUUGUCGAGGACACAGCAACUGUCACCAUUAAUGACUCUGUCCUGGUAUUUAGGUUCAACCAGCCUGCCUACACUGUGAAUGAAGGAGACUCAGUACCAGUAAUGGUGACGUGGGUCAAUCCACAGAUGGGAGAGGUGGAAGUGAGAGUUACUGUGACCCCCAGUGGCACCCUAGAUGACUACUCCAUUAGUCCAGAGGGGAACAUUACACUCAGCAGGGCCUCAAAUACGGGUGUAGUGGUCAUUACUGCACUGAGUGAUAAGAUGAAGGAAGACCCGCAAGAUGAGGAUUUCAUUCUAUCUCUGGAAUCUAAAUUCAGACUGAGCGUCUCUCAAGCCGCUCUCACUAUCAGUGAUACUACUGUCACUCUAAAUGUGGUGGGGGGUAGUGAAGUGACGGAGGGAGAGAACAUAACUCUGAAUAUUACAGCUGUCGGUCCGUUUGUUGAGAAUUUCAUGGUGAAUAUACAGGCUGAUCCAGCGAAUGAGGUCAUGAUUAGUCCAACGUUUGUCGACUUCACUUCUUCCACUACUCAAGUCAGUGUCACUAUUGGAGGGAUACCGGACACAGAGCCUGAGCUGACUGAGAUGGUCACUAUUAGUUUCACCACCACGUCUGCUAAUGUUCAAGCCUUGGAGUAUACUAUUACAGUCAUAGAUGCGACUGGUGAGGGACCCACUGUAUUGUGUGUGUGUGUGUGUGUGUGUGUAUGCCCUCUGUUGACAUGUGUACUGUACGUUUGUUUCCAAGCAACUACAUACUGUAGGUGUCUUCAGAAUUAUUUUAGGGGGGGGAGAGAAUGGUUUUUGGAGAAGUAUGAGUUAUAUGGUCUUUUCUCUCCUCUAGUGAUCCAUGUUGGUCCUCAGUCUCAGGAGUGGAGG